AUGAACCUCAACCAACCUCUUCAAACGAACCUCAAUCUCUCUCUCAGAUCCGGCGACCUAACGCCAUCUGCCGUCCAACUAUACCUCCGCCGUAAAGCUUCGAAGUCGUGGCCUUCGUCUCCUCGUCGCCGCUCUUUCGUUCUCGCCGUUGCCUCCGUCGUCGCGGUCUCGCCGUUGCUGCCGUCGCUGGUUAAUGGAUCUCACUUGGAAAGUGGAGAAGAGAAGAAGCAAGAACACGUUUCCAUUGGAUUUGGUAGUCCACAAUGGAAGAAGACUCACGAAGCUGCAGAGAAAACCGCAAUGGUUGUGACAAGGCUCUUGAAAAAUGUAGCUACUUGUGAUUGCCAAGACAACCAUGGAUGA